AUGCACCUCCAACCGCUUAUACUAUUGUCUCUCGCCAGCCCGGCAUUUUCCCACGGUGCUUUUGAACAUGAAGACCUCGAAACCCAACUGCUCAAACGCGACUUCUUCAGCCACGGCAGACGAAGCCUCGAGUCGUGCGCCGGCACCCUCAAUUCAGACGGGACAAACUCCCAGGCCCAUAAACGCCGCGCCGCCUUCGUAAACCAGCACCGCCAACAACUGAAGCUCAAACGCUCCAUGGUCGAAAUCCUCAACACCAGCCACCUGCACACAGGCCCAUUCAUCAGUCCCAACCGCCCAGCCGACGCAUUCACUGGAGAGAACCACGUCCUCCUAAACCCCUACGGCGACAACGGCCCCUACUACGUCCCCGGCGAGGUGAUCCGCUCCGACGCGCGCGAAAACCAACUCGGGGUCCCCAUCAUCGUCGAAGCACAAUUCAUCGACUUCGAAACCUGCAAGCCCAUCCCCGGGAUGUGGUGGGACCUCUGGAACGCAAACGCCACAGGCGUCUACAGCGGCGUCAUCAACCAGGGCAACGGCGAUUUCUCAGACCACUCCAACGUCAACAACACCUUCCUCCGCGCCGUGGCAAUGGCCGAUCAGGACGGCGUGGCUCAGAUCAAGACAAUAUUUCCGGGCCACUAUACCGGCCGCACGAACCAUAUCCAUAUCAUCGCGCAUACGGACGUUACUGUCCUGCCUAACGGCACCAUCACGGGAGGAAGUAUCGCCCAUAUAGGACAGUUUUUCUUCGACCAGGCUAUUAUCGACAAAGUCUCGCAGACAUAUCCCUAUACAGAGAACCCAUACGUCCCCAUCGGAAACGCCCGGGAUGAUACCUUCCACCAGGAAACCGCCUACUCGGCCUCAGACCCUGUAUUCCACUAUGAGUAUCUAGGCGAUACACUAGAUGACGGGCUGUUCAUGUGGGUACGGGUCGGCGUAAAUGCAUCUGCGAGCUGGCCCUCCGAGCAGAGUUUUAUCUACGGUGCUGGUGGGGGGAAGUACUCCUGUGGGACUGGGCGGAUUGGUAAGAACUAUACAUCUGACGACGAGGAGUGUAAGAAUGAUGUUGAUGUUGGUGCGUUGCCUGGUGAGAAGGGGCCUGGGCCUGCGGUUUAUUCGGCGCCGCCGCCUACGGCUUGGGAUGAUGAGAUUGAUGAGGCGGAGAUUGAGGCUGCGCAUGGUGUGUUGGAGGGGGAGAAUGGUGUAACGGCGGUUUAA